AUGCGAUCAAAGGCAACACUGCCACUUUUCUCGAGCGCUUCCCACACAGGUUCUGUGUUUUUCUUCGCCUUCGCCACAAUUAAAGGCUCGCCAGCGAUAUCCUUAUGGGUUAGGGAAAGAAUCGAGUCUACAUUCCACAAGCGGUUAGUGCGCCCAAAGCUGGAAGUCACGCUGACUCAUCACCUCCGGGGCACCAGCCAAGGUGUACCAUCUAAGCACAUUUUGAAGAAACAUUUUAAGAGAAUUCGUUGGGUUGACAUUUGA